GAAGAAUAGGAAGCAACAGAUACGUCACAAAACAUGGCGGAAAGGAAACACAUCUCUGAAGAGCUGACAGAAGAUGAAGCAGGACCGGGGCAGGGAGGCAAUGUGAAAACUAAGAAUGUCUCUUCCAGCAUGGUUGUGGGAGUAGAAGGAUAUUCUGGGAAGCGAUCGGCUCGGGAUGGCCCUGUGGAGCAGCCAGCACCCCCUAAAGUAGCAAGGCCUGGAUAUAGCCAAUCUCUGAAAAAACCUGCUCCGAUCUCAAUCAAAUUAGGAACUAAUAAAAUUAAAGAGACCGUGCCAUCAUUGCCAGCAAAGAAACCUGCCCUGGCUGCUGUAUUCAAUGAGGAUGAGGAUAGUGAACCAGAGGAAAUGCCCCCAGAGGCCAAAAUGAGGAUGAAGAACAUCGGCAGGGAGACACCAACAUCAGCAGGACCCAAUUCAUUCAACAAAGGGAAACAGGGUUUCUCUGAUCACCAAAAGCUAUGGGAGCGCAAGCUGAAAGCCCAGAGUGACCAGCAGCCCAGACCUUAGACAUUCUGACUAAGGGACCUUUUCUUGUGUGGUGUAAAAAUGUAAAUAACUUGUAGGACACUUAUUAGUUGUGAGUUUUUGUUUUCCCUUAAUUCUCAUGAUUAAUUUCUGUAUUUACCUUAAGGGAUUAUUUCUCCAAAUGAUUCUGUGUACUUUUUACAUAGAGGGACUUUUUUUUCUUGCCAAAUGGUUAACCAGUUUGUCAUUGUGGCUGAUUUAACUGCCAAGCUUGUUUACUUGCUUUCACACACUGAUAUUGGAUGUUUUGGUGAUUGGUAGUGUUGAUAGUGCUUGGAAAUUGGUAAUAAAAAGUCUUUGUAUCUA